UUGUUUUUCUCUUUGGAAAUGGAAAAUAAACGCAGACAAUAACUGCCAUGAGCGACUUCCUCCACGAACUUUCUGUUUCCUUUUUCUAAAAGGGCUGCCCCUUAACGAAACUUCUCCUUAAUUCCGUUGUUUUAGACCCUCUCUCUCGUUACUGAUAAUCGUUUUUAUGUCUUUAUGAGACAACAAACAAAACGGCUGCUGCUCUGUUUUUUUUUCCUCUGUUCCUGGUUUAGUUGGUCUGAAAGUCUCUGAACUUGGAAGGUUUUGAUCAGGGGAAUUAUUACAGUUUACAGACCCCUCUUCAUAAAUGGAAAGAACCUUAAUCCUUCUUGAGCCUUGACUUUGUUAAGGGCCUGGAUUUUAAACGGAGUUGAACAACUCUCAAGGUUGAACCCUUUUUAGCAUUUGAAACUAUCGGAGAACUUGGAUGAAGUCAUGAAUUUCCGCCGAAACAAAUUUGUAAGGUUUCAAGAUUGGAGUUCAGAUGAUGGAUCAUUUGCAGUGAAAGUUAGACCAUCAUUCAAUGCUGUUGUGGGCGGUCUCCGGAGAGGAUUUGAGAAGGGUUUUGAAAGGAUUAGAAGCUUGAAAAAACCGAAAAGCUUUCGUUCUUGGGGUAAUAAACCAACAAAAGAGAAGGCAUUGGGUUCCAGGAAGAGUAUUCUUAAUCCACAGGGGCGAUUUCUUCAGACCUGGAAUAAAAUAUUUCUAUUAUCCUGUACAAUUGCGCUGGCCCUGGAUCCCUUGUUUUUUUACAUCCCUGUGAUGGAUGGUCAACGGAAAUGCCUUAACUUAGAUGAAAAAUUGGAAAUUACUGCUUGCGUCCUCCGAACAUUCAUGGAUGCCUUCUAUGUACUUCACAUAAUCUUUCAAUUCCGCACUGCGUUUAUUGCCCCUUCUUCUCGGGUGUUUGGUAGGGGUGAGUUGAUUGAGGAUCGUUGGGCCAUAGCAAAGAGGUACUUGUCCAAGGACUUCAUCAUUGAUAUUCUGGCAAUUCUUCCAUUCCCACAGAUGGUGAUCUUGAUCAUAAUUCCUACAUUAAAAGGCCCGGUUUCAUUGGUCACGAAGGAGUGGUUGAAGUACAUUAUUUUCUGCCAAUAUGUUCCAAGAAUCCUUCGAAUUUUACCUCUUUACAAAGAAGUUACAAGAACUUCUGGCUUGCUUACUGAAACAGCAUGGGCUGGAGCUGCUUUGAAUCUCUUCCUCUACAUGCUAGCCAGUCAUUUUUUUGGGGCCUUGUGGUACUUGAUCUCAGUAGAACGAGAAGACAGGUGCUGGCGCGAUGCUAUCCCCAGUGGUGAAAGAGGUGCAUUGUAUUGUGAAGAGAAUUUAGAAAUAAACGACACAUUAGUAAGUAUGCUGAAUACAUCAUGCCCUUUUAUCAACCCUGAUGACAUAAAGGAUCCGAAGGAAUUCAACUUCGGGAUAUUCUUCGAUGCACUUGAGUCAGGUGUGGUGGAAACCUGGGAUUUUCCAGAAAAAUUCUUUUACUGCUUUUGGUGGGGUUUGCGGAAUCUAAGUUCUCUAGGCCAAAAUCUCAAAACAAGCACUUUUGUGGGGGAGAUAAUCUUUGCUAUCUUCAUUUCCAUCGCUGGACUGAUUCUGUUUUCACUGCUUAUUGGCAAUAUGCAGAAAUAUCUGCAGUCGACAGGAGUCAGAAUAGAGGAGAUGAGAGUGAAAAGGCAAGAUUCAGAACAAUGGAUGUCCCAUCGAAUGCUUCCUAAGAGCCUGAGGGAACGCAUCAGGCGUCACGAACAGUAUAAAUGGCAAGAGACCAGAGGGGUUGUGGAAGAGACUCUGAUUAAUAACCUUCCUAAAGAUCUCAGGAGGGAUAUAAAGAGGCAUCUUUGCUUGGACCUUCUCAAGAGAGUGCCAAUGUUUGAGAAAAUGGAUGAGCGACUAUUAGAUGCUAUGUGUGAUCGUCUCAAGCCGGCGCUUUACACUGACAAGAGCUACAUUGUCCGAGAGGGGGAUCCCGUAGAGGAGAUGCUAUUUAUCAUCCGAGGAAACCUAGUAAGUACGACCACCAAUGGUGGAAGAACUGGCUUCUUCAAUGCUGUUCAUCUCAAGGCCGGUGACUUUUGUGGAGAUGAUCUUCUUACCUGGGCCUUGGAUAUCCAGUCCUCUUCCAAUCUACCUAUCUCGACUAGAACUGUGCAGGCCCUGAAAGAAGUGGAAGCUUUUGCUUUAAUGGCAGAUGACUUGAAGUUUGUGGCCUCCCAGUUUCGACGCCUUCACAGCAAGCAGUUCCAGCACACUUUCAAGUUCUACUCGGUGCAGUGGCAGACAUGGGCAGCAUCUUUUAUUCAGGCAGCUUGGCGCCGACACUGCAAGAGGAAGCUUGUUAAGUCCUUACGUGAAGCAGAGGAUCAGCUGCAAAACGCUUUGGCAAAAGAGUCUGGAACCUCGCCCAGCCUUGGUGCCACUCUGUAUGCAUCAAAAUUUGCUGCCAAUGCAUUACGAAUCUUGCGGCACAGCAGUUCACAAACUACCAGAUUGCCUCAAAGAUUACCACCGCUACUGCCUCAAAAGCCGGCCGAGCCUGAUUUUACUGCUGAAUAUCGCUAAGUUUGAGUUUUGAUCUUAUAUUCCAGUAAUUUUGGAAGCAAUUACUGUUUCCAAUGCAUAAAGCUUAUUCAAAACAGACAUACCCAUAGAUUUUCUUCAUUUCAAAA